AUUGCAACCGCCACAGCCUCGGUGCUGGAAUGCAUCAUACCAUAGGUCGUCUCCACACGAGCUCAGGAAUUAGGCGCGACCGGGAUCUCUACGAAGAUGGCUACCUAUCUCUUGGGCACGGAGUAUGUCUCCCAACAAGGUUAAGGACGGGGACAUUUGUACGACUACGAUGCUCCAAGCCGCGAAAAACGUUGCUAGACUUUACUAAUAAGGGCAGUCGCUAACGAAACGUGCUCACGGAAAAUGUGCUCAUUCGCAAAUAUGCUCAUCGAAGAACGCGCUUGUUCAAGUAGGGCGUUAACACGGCAGGACGCCUGAUGUGGAAGAAAAUGUUGAUUUUCAA